CGCCAGCUCCGGCAGCCGGCCGGCAGCAUGGUUCGCCCUAAAUCUAGCAACAAGGUGGCCAAACAGAAAGGGGGCGCGGCGCAAGGCAAACGGAAGCAUGGUGGCGGCCCUCGCGGCGGCGGGCCGAGCGCCCGGCCCGCAAAGCAGAGUCGCCGGGAGGGGCGUUCAAAGCCCCUAGAUAACGAUAUUUUUGAGGCAGAGGACUCGGACCCUGAUGAGGUCAAGAAUGCAAAGCGUUUCGACGAGGUGGAAAACUAUGAGUACGAGCUGCCCUCGGACUUCGAGGAUGAGGAGAUUGAUGAGGAGAUGGCUUUCACGGAGGAGGACAAGAAGAAGUUUGGUGCAUGGUUCGAGAAGGAGGUGGACGCGGACGAAGAUGACGACGAGGAGGGCGGCACGCUCGGCGUCGGCGAUGACGAUGGCGACGUGUGGGAUGGAGAUGACGACGACGAGGAGGAGGAGGACGAGGAGGAGGAGGCGCCACGUGGGGCCAAAAGCAGCCGCAAGCGCACGGCCGCCGCGCGGGAGCAAGCGGAGGAGGACGGCGAUGAUGACUCGGAUGCCGACUUGUUUCUGGAUGAUGAUGAGGAUGAGGAUGACGAUGAGGAUGACCUGGACGGCGAGGGCGAUGAGGAGGACAACGACGAGGAGCGCCACCUGGCUAUGCUGCGGGACGUCCUGGAGGGCGGCGGCAAGGGCGGGCGGGCAGGCGCCAAGCGGGCACGUGACCCCAACGCCGCGGUGUUAUCGGAGGCGUAUCCCGAGUCCGAGUUCGGACUCAACCCGGGGGCCGCAUCAGCAGGCGGACUCGGCGGCUUGAGCAUUGCUGACCUCCUGGCGGGCCUCACGGGGGAAGAGCGGCGCAAGCUGGGGGCGGCGCGGCGGCUGCUCGAGAAGGUGGGCGGCGCGGCGGGCGGCGACGAUGACGGCGGCGCGGGCGGCAAGCGCAAGAGCAAGAAGGGCGGGGCGGACAAGAGCGGCGGCGGCAGCAGCCUGCGGCCGGUGUCGGUGCCGCUCCCGGGCAUUGUGGCGGACCGACAGGAGCGGAAGGCUGGCUACGAGGCGGCGGCGGAGGACGUGACCAAAUGGACCAGCAUCGUCAAGGCCAAUCGCGAGGCGCCCACGCUGCGGCUGGUGGCGGGGCGGGACGAGGUGCCGCGCGUCAACACCACCGCGGCCCUGGUGGCGCAGCACACGCCCUCGGCCGACAACGCACUGGAGGCGGAGGUGGCUGCGCUGCUGGAGGCUGCGGGGGCCGCCAAUGCUGAAGCACUGGAGGAGGCGGAGGAGAAGCUGGCGCUCAAGGCGCUGUCGCUGGAGGAGGCUCGCGAGCGGCGCGAACGGCUUGCCAAGCUGCGCAGCCUGCUGUUCUACCACGAGCUCAAGAGCCGACGGCUCAAGGCCAUCAAGAGCAAGGAGUAUCAUAGGCACCUCGCUAAGGCCGCCAAGCGCAAGGCCACCAAGCUAGCCGCCGCCGCCGCGGACGGCGCGGCCGCCGGCGACGGCGACGCCGAGGCCGCUGCCGCGCGCGCCGCCGCCAUCGAGGCCGAGUUCCAGCGCGCUAAGGAGCGCCUCACGCAGCGCCACCGCAACACCAGCCGCUGGGCGAGGCGCGCGCUCAAGCGCGGCAAGCUCGAGGUGGAUCCUGGAACCAAGGCGGCGCUGGCCGAGCAGAUCCAACUGGGCCAGCAGCUCAAGCGGAAGAUCGAGGGGCGGCGCGGCAGCGGCAGCGAGGAUGAGGGCGACAGCGACGCUAGCACCUCGGCCUCGGACGGCGAGGGCGCGGGCGCGGGUGGCAGGCCGGGCGGGCGGGCGCGAAGCGCGGCUCUGGAGCUGCUGGCAGGUGGCGGCGCGGUGGGUGCCGACGGCGAGGAGGCGCCGAAGAAGGGCCUUCUGGCACUGCCCUUCAUGAAGCGUGCCCUGGAGCGGCGGCGGCUGGCGGCGGCGGCGGAGGCCGAGGAACUGCUGCGCGAGCUGGACGAGCAGGCGGCGGCGGGCGGCGGCGGGGCAAUCGGCGGCGGCGGCGGCUUUGGCGACGACGGCGAGGACGACGGGGAUGGCGGGAUGACCGGUGCCGGCGGUGAUGCGCUAGAGCGGCUGGUGGGCUAUGGCGUUCCGGCGGCGGCGGCCAACGGCACCGCUGGGCGGCGGCGGUUCGGCGGCGGCGCCGCCGCCGCAGCGGCAGCGACCGAAGAGGCUGACGACGGCAACGAAGACCUUGGAUCUGACCUGGAUUCUGAUGACGCGGAGGACGCGGAGGCGAAGGCGGAGCGGCUGGGCCGCAAGACGAAGGAGGCGGCGGCAGUGGACGCAGCCAGCAGGAAGCAGCAGCAGCGGCAGGCGGCUGCUGCUGCCAAGAAAGCCAAGCGCGGCGCCGCCGCGCCGCCGACGGCGGCCGAGCAGGCGGAUCUUGACGCCGCGCUCGCCGCUGGCGCCGCCGGGCGUGGGCUGCUAGUCUCGAGCGAGGCUGACCUGCUGCUGGUUGACGGCGGUGCUGACGCGGACGCGGACCAGGAGCGGCGGCGCAGCGGCGGCGCCGCCAGCACCCGCGGCGGCGGCGGCGGCGGCGGCGACGUGCUGGCGGAGGUGGCGGCGCAGCGUGGCAGCGUGUCGGCGGGCCGCGCCGGGCUCUUCCAAGGGAGGAAGGACGGCGCUGCGGCGGCGGCGGCGGCAGCUAACGGCAGCGGCGGCGACGGUGCCGCCGCCAAGUUUGUUGCGUCAAAGAAGUUCGUUGGAGCGCGGCCAGGCUACGCGUUCAAGAAGGGGCCGCAGGGGAUAGGAUACUAUCUAGACCCCAAGCAGCCACUGGCGGCGGCGCUGGCACAGCCGGCCGCAGCGGCAGGUGGAGCCAAGGGCGGCAAGGGCGCCGGCGCGGCAGUGGCGGCACCGGUUGCGGUGGCAGGGCAGGCGAAACCGGCCCAGCAGCAGCAACCACACGCAGGGAAAGGGAAACAGCAGCAGCAGCAGCAGCAGCAGGGGGGGAAAGCAGGGGAAAAGCAGGGCGCGGCGGCUGACACGGGCGGCACCGCCAGCGACGGCAAUGGCGAUGAUGACGAGGCGGCUCCGCUGAUGAAGGCCGCCCCCUCAAACAAAGACCUCAUUCGCCAGGCGUUCGCCGGCGAUGACGUCGCGGCUGAGUUUGCGGAGGAGAAGGCGGCGGCGGUGGCGGAGGAGCUCCCAGACAUUCAGGAGCCGUCCGCGCUGCCGGGCUGGGGCGCGUGGAGCAGCCAGCAGCGCAACCCCAAGUGGAUGCAGGCGGCCAAGGACCGCGCAGCAAAGCAGCGCGCGGACGCGGCGGCGGGGCGGCGCGAUGCGGGCAUGAAGUAUGUGGUGGUGAGCGAGAAGUGGGACAAGAAGGCCGCCAAGUACACGGCACCCGCCGCGCCCUUCCCCUUCACCUCCCCCGAGGCCUACGAGCGCAGCCUGCGGCAGCCGCUGGGUCGCGACUUCAACCCCGACCAGGCCUUCCGCGACCUUACCCGCCCCGCGGUCAUCAAGCAGGCGGGAGUCACCAUCAACCCGCUGCGCUUCAGCGAGGCCACAGCCAAGGGGCUGGGCCACAAGGGCCGCGCGGCGGAGGCGGAGCGCGAGAGCAAGAAGGUGGUCACCGUGGCAGGCGGCAUGCCGCGCGUCGGCAAGGGGCAGCUCGCCAAGUAGGGCGCGUGCUGGCAGGCGUGGUAGCUGAGGGCAGUGGCUCUUUGCAGUGCAGCAGGAUGUGGUGAUGGCGUGAUGGCGGGGUGACGGGGCGUUUGGGUUUGUCGUGGGUAUUGCCGUAUUGGUAAUGGGUGGCUGGCGCUGUCGUGGGCCAGCAGGUCGCUGCGUCAAUGCGCUUGCUUGCGCCGUGGAGCAACGGCAGCAAGUGGUCGGCGCAGAUGGAUUCCUGUAUGCGCAGUUGUCGCAAAUCUCGCGUUAAGGAUUUCGUGUCGCUGGCUGACUCUGAGAGGGAUCCGGACUCGUGGGUUGAGGCGGCAUAGGCAAACAGCUGUGUACUGGUGCGCGUAGAGAAGGUUGUGUCGACACUUGACAGAUGGGUACUCGCACACGCAGGCUCGCUCCCAAUUACCCUACAAUACGGGACGGUAUUCGGAGACAUCCAGAUUAUGGAUGCGGAUGUUACAGAGGGGACAGUCCCAGCACCCGAAGACGCCGAGCCAUCACAUACUAUCAGGGCCCAACUUGACUCCACCAACCCCGACUUUGCUGCAAACCCUCCCGCGGGCAAAGUCCGUGUGACUCCGCGCACAAAAAAUAGGCGGCAGGGAAAACUCGGCCGGAGCGAGAAGCGACCUCGCGAGUCCAUGGACAUCUUGACUUUCUUCAGUCCGCGAGUAUAGCUCUCGGGCCCUGAAUAUCUUACAUCCAUGUGUCAAAACAUGUCGACGACAAGCGUCUUGGGGCAAGAGUGUUGAAAGUUUGUGCAACAGGCGAACCAUGCGUGCCGAUCCCGAUCCCUUAAAUGCGUCGCGGCCCCGGUCGCGCCCGAGCCCGGCUAGCCGUUUGUGGUGCUUGUGAGGGAUUUGGAAUGAGGUACCAUGGACUCAUGUGUGGAGUGGCGUGGACAGGGCGUGGCGGUGCCUUCGCACGGCGUUGGCAUACCCCUUUGCCAGUCCCGCUGGGCUUGCAAGGGUGCUAUUCAUGUCGCCGGUGCCCAUCAUCACAUCCCUUGCUCUAUCAGGGGCUCAGCCCAUUUUCCAGCUGUACAAAGCUGACACCCCUUGUCGUUGGCGGCUUUGGCUUUCGUCACUAACUUUUUGUAGCCUUUUGCGGGCUCUGUGAGGCUUGACGACUUGGCUACGACUUGGUUUGGAUGGCUUCGGCCUUGGGUGGUUACGGGUGGCCCUGGUGGUCGCUCGUGGCCCGGCGCAAGCUUCGAUGUUCCGUGGUGCUCCUCGGCGCCUCUCCUCGUGCCGCCUGGCCCGCCGUCGUCUCCACCGGCGGCCUUGCUGGCUCAGCAGAUAGUUAGGUUGCGGGUGCCGUUCGUAGCAUGGCGGUUCAGGGACCGUUAGGCAGCAGGUCACGCUGGUCGGGUAGUCCCGGGUGUCGGGUUGUGAGUGCCCGGGCGGCUGUUGCCCGGGCGCCCGGGCGGCUGGUGCUCCUGUUCGCCUCCGGGUGCGCGCGUGCCUGUUUGGUGGGUCGGUCUAGUUCGCUGGUGGGGCGGGUGGAGGGCGGUGUGCCCGUAGCGAGGUGUUGUGGUGUACUGGUGGUUUGGUCAGUUUCCGGCUCGGUUUCCCUUUGUGGUGCUUCGGCACAGACGUUUUCGGACAUGGGCCUCCGGGCCAAGACAUUGCGCGUCUGUGACGCCGACGAGAAAAUGUGUGGUGCUUGCGUUUGAUGGGGAUGUCGGCAGACCUCUGGCCUGUCGCGCCUUGUUGUGCGUCGGUGCUGCCGCCAAAAGACCUAAACGAGAUGAGGGGUGUUACGUGGCGGUGGGGCUUUGGCGGGCUUCGGCUUGGCUUCGACUCAUGCGAAGCGGGGUAGGUUAAGGGGCAGGUCGCGUAGUCCCGACAUGCGGGCGUUACGGUGGUGUGUUUGUGGUGUUACAAGGUGGUGUGCACGAUCUUUGCGUGCCUUGGAAACCGGAGGCCCGCGCCAUCAUGCAUUUUAUUGACGAGUGUUGCGGAACUAAUGCGUACUUAUACCAGAGCGGAAGGCGGAGUGGGCUUGCAGGCGGCACGAGAGUAGACAGUCAGUAGCGCAAGUUGCGAAAGCACAUGUUACCUCGUAACCGACGGUACACGCGGGGGAGCUAUGCAUUGGGUGUGUGAUGGGACAGGGUUCAAGGCAGGUUGGCGAGGUCCCGUAGGGUGCAGCCGAUGCAUUGGGUGUGAAUGGGUUGUGAAACCGCCGGGGCCCAGGGGUCAGGCUGGGGGUCAAGGGAAGAGCUGCACCGGGCUUCAUAUGUGUCGGUAGCCAACUGGGGGAGGGUGGUUUCCCUUCGGGCCGGAGAUGGUCCCUCUUGACCUGGGUGCGGGGCACCCUUGCUUGGUCGGACUGUCCCUUCUUUGUAAGAUCGCAAUCAUAUGUGCAGUUGCCGAGACACGCUUUACGCGAAGACCUGUUGCACGGUUGUGGAAGGUCGGUAGCCAACUGGGGGGAGGGUGGUUUCCUUUCGGGCCGGAGAUGGUCCCUCUUGACUUGGGUGCUGGGCACCCUUGCUUGGUCGGAUUGUCCCUUCUUUGUAAUAUCGCAACCAUAUGUACCUUUCUGACAGGAAGCGGUGCCCCAGACAAAGGUGGACACGGGUAUGCGGGCAGCGGGGCAGAGCGCGGCCAUGACCUGCCAUGGGCGAACCAGAACACGACAAUCGAUGAUGGGCUGUGUUGCCGCUUCAGCGCGGGUUCACUCAUCCGGGCACUCUUGCUUUAUCAUUAAUACACGGCC